AUGAACUUGCUUCUCGCAUUUUUCGUUUUAAUUUGCAUCGUGAGUGGAGCUUUUGACUGCUGGAACAAGAAAGAUGGAGGAUUAAUCAAUUCGGAAACGAAGCCAUUUGUCUACAAAUGCGAAAAGAACAACCCGAUUUUCGUUGGUUGCCGUUUCAUCAACAGAAAGACAUUGAAAGAAGAAGUGAUUGCACCCAAUAAUAGCGGUCUUGUAUUCGGAAAAGGUUAUACGUAUGCUGGUUUCACGAAAAAUUGCAUGGAAGACAACACAAAAGUCUACACAGAAACACCAGCUUGUUGGGUGAAAGGUGAUGAUGAAAAAGAGGUAAAGCUGCUUGAAUGGGAAGAUGCAGCGGUGAUAAAGAUCACUGAAAAUGGAGUGAAGAAGAUCUUGAAAGUGAGAUGUUUCGAAAUUGGUAAAAAGACGCGUUUCGGUCUAUGGGAAAUGAAAGAAAAAGAGCCAGCACCUAGCCCAAAUCCAGGACCAAAAUCCCAAGACGAAAAU